UUAAACAGACUGAUGAUUGUAUCAUUAUUUGGUCGUACAGUUAUUACAUGUUAUCAGCGAAAUCGAAAGUGCCGGCCGCUCAUUUAUCAUACGUAAAUUGAUAAAACUGAUCACGUUUGCAAGAUUAUUGAUAUCCGCAAUGAAGAAGGUCGUGAUUUUCGGUUCCACGGGCAUGACGGGGGUGUGCGCGCUCGACGCGGCCGUCAAAAAAGGUUUAGAAGUGCGAGCAUUCGUGCGAGACCCAGCAAAGGUGCCAGAGCACUUGAAAGACAAAGUAGAGAUCUUCCAGGGCAAUGUCCUGGAACCUGACUCCGUCAUGGAGGCGGUUGAGGGGGUAAACGGAGUUGUCAUUCUCCUCGGAACAAGGAACUCUCUGGAGCCUACGUCAGACAUGUCCGAGGGUACAAAGAACAUCAUUGAGGCUAUGAGGGCCAAGAAUGUGAAGACUGUCUCUGCAUGCAUGUCUACGUUCCUCCUGUUUGAGCCGAGCAAGCUGCCGGAGAGGUUCAAGAAUGUCAAUGAUGACCACAAGAGGAUGCACGAUGCUCUGAAGGAGUGCGGCCUGAACUGGAUUGCUGUGCUGCCUCCUCACAUCGCUGACGAGCCGAGCGCCGAGAUCACAGUGGUCGUCAACCCGGACAAGGGUCCCGGACGGUCCAUCUCCAAGCUCGACCUGGCCUCCUUCAUGAUCGAUUGUCUCAGCGAGCCCAAGUACUACAAGAACACUGUCGCGCUGUGCAAUGUGGGGAAGUAGAACCUUUGCACAGUAAGUAAAAGCUCCCACACAUAAAGUCGAUACGGCGUCGUACAACUCUCUCGCUCUCUCCCAUUGAACACCAGCGAGAGGAAACAAGACAUGUUUAUGUGUGGAAGCCCUAAGUGCUGUUUCACCAUCACACUGGCAUAAUUUAACCCUCAAUCUGCCUUAUAUGGAACCCUUGUUUUGAACUGAGUUAAGGGCGAAAACAUAGUCGUGUGCAGCCAUAGCUAUGGCCGAUUAAGGGUUUAGUACCUAUGGCAUGAUCAACUGUUAUAGGUAGUUAAGGUAGCAAAUUGAUUCCGCUUGAGGUGUCAUUGGGUAGGAAUGUAAACUACCUAUAUUUGUUGUAUAAUUUGAUAUCAAAAACCAUCGCCAGAACAACCAAUGAGGAAUAUAACGAUAAAAAAAUAUUAUAAGGGUUGAGAUUAACUAUGCUGUGGGGUAGAUGUAGCUAAAAGUUACAAUUAGGCUAUACCUUUUUAUAUUUUAUCUCCAACAAAAUCAAAUGACUUUAAUAUAAAUGUGUUAAGUGUGUGAUGGUGGAAUCGCUCAUAUGUUAAAUUAGUUUAAGUACGUAUGUGCUGUGUAGUAUUUAAUGAAAGCUGUGACCUCUGUGUAAUUGGAAGCAACCGUACUUUAAAAUAUGAAUUCUUGACUGAAUGCUUAAGUUCCAUUUUAUGUAGGAAUUUGUCACUUGCGAAUUGCCCAACUAAUUAUUCAUUCAAUGUAUUUUAGGUAUACAAACACUUACCUAGUUUUACCAAAGUAGGUCAGUGCCGGGAUACCUAAGUACAUUAUAUAUGCAGAUAUGUAAAUUUCUGACCGAGAUAGGUAUAAAUUAAUUCAAAUCAAAUUGUAUUCUGGUCAAGUACAGGUCAAAAUUUAGUUAAGUAUUUCGUUACAUACUGGGAUUUGUCUGAUGUCCUAGUGGUUUUGAUUUAUUGAUUAUUGAUCUAGGUACAGUGGCCUGCACAUAAACCUAACCCCUGUUAGAGUUUCACUGAUAGGGAGUCAGAUUUAUUUGCAGACCACUGUACAAUAUAAUACACGUUUUUUUUUAAAAUUAUUUUUAAGAUUUUUAACUGUGAGGUAAUCUAGAAGGCUAAAGCAAUAUUUUUAUUGUAUUACAAGUGGUUAUCUCAGUUAUUUUAUCUUGAAAUGUCGCAUUUCCUUGACAUUUAAAAGUACCCGGUUGCAAAAAUAAACUGCCUGUUAUUACUAUUACGCACAGCAUUUUAUAUAGCAUUUAGUCAUAAGAGAAUACUUAUACCUACUUUACAUAAAGUGUAAUAUAA